AAAAACACACACAAUAAAAUAAAAUUUGUUAUCUGUGCGAAAUGUUUGCAUUUUUUGUUAAUUUAAUCAUAUAUUCAUCUAAUACAAGAUAUAAACUAGUAGUAUACACUUUUCAUUAACAGUGACUAAUUUCUAUAGAAAAAUAAUAAGAAUAUUGUCUUUAUUUAUGCAAUUAAUAGCACUAUUUUAAAGGUAAAAAUACCCCUGCAAAGUGUUGAAAACAAAAUACAUGGUUACAGACAAAUAAUAAAAAAAAAACGAAAUACUACACAAACAUAAAAUGAAUUACAAUAAAAGUGUAUUACAACAUGAAAGUAAUAGCUUAACAGAAACAGUUGAAUUACCAACAAAUACAGCGGAAGCAGCAACAACAUCAGCAACGAUGACGACAAAUGCCAUAACAUCGACAACGUCAACUAAAGAAAAGAAAGGAGGAUGGUUUCAUUCAUUAACCAGACGUAAAAAAACACAAUCACAAUCAUCCAUAAAUUAUCCAAAUCCAUCAAUACAAACAACAAUGACGACAACAACACCAGCAGCUAGAGAAUCCAAUGGCAUGGCAAUCGCUGCCGAUACAAACACUACCAACUAUUUACACACAAAUAACAAUAAUGAACCAUUAAUGAGAUCUUGUAAUGCUAGCUCAUCCGCCGCCAAUGAGGAUUUAACAUCAGCAGACAUACCAAGCUGUAGCAGCAGUAGCGGUAAUAAUAGCGCUCGCAAACGUAAAGAUGAAAAGAAUGCAUUUCAACGUUUUCGCAAGAGAAUGGGUUUACGUUUUCCCUCCCUGAGACGUCACAAACACUCAUCGAUAGAUGGGGCCACCACAGACGCCUCGUUCGAGUUUCUAACACACUCACCGAUACACGAACCGCUGCAUUUUAAUUUCAAGCGCAGUAGUAGCAGUAAUUGUGCCACUGCUGGUCUUUCCACCGAUGACAGUGAUAUGAUACCAUUUACAAAUGAUUUUAAGCGUUUCAUUAGGAAGAAAUGGCUGGAACGUGAAGAGGGUCCAAAUUUGAUAAUGUAUGAAGCGAGUUGUGAAAUGUUAAACCAAGUCUGGUAUUGGGGCGAAAUAUCACGACGUGAUGCCCAAAAGCAAUUAACAGACAAACCAACCGGUUCAUUUUUAGUACGCGACUCAGAAACAAGCGGCUGCCAAUUUACCCUCUCAUUUCGCAUUAUCAAUGUUACACUGCACUAUCGUCUCGAAUAUCGCAAUGAUUAUUGGCAUUUUGAAGAGUUACAAUACGAGUCCAUUGUCGAAAUGAUUGAAGAUAUUUUGUAUCGUUGUACAAAUGAUAAUUUUGUUUGUUUCGUUAAGGUACCAAAUGAAAUGCAACCACCGUUUCCAGUUAUUUUAAAAUAUCCCCUUAGCCGCUAUUUAAAUAUGCCAAAAUUACAGGACUUGUGUCGUCGUGCUAUACAGCGGUCAACGAAACCGGAUGAUAUAGCAAAAAUGUCUAUACCACCGGGAUUACAAGAAUAUUUGGCUGAAAAUAGAGAACUUGUGUUUUAAGAAGAAACUAAAAAACCAUAUAUUAGUAAUUAAGAGAAAUAUGCAUAAAACCGAAAAAAGUAUGAAUUCAUUUUACUAGUUAUUUAAUAGAUUAAGUUUUUUUUAUUAUUUUUUUAUCUAUAACCAAAGAUUUUCUAUUAUUUUUCUUAUAUGCUUAGUGAGCAAGACUUUUUGAACUUUCAUAUAUUAUUUACAAAGUAAUCUUUUUUGUUAAAUCAGUUUUAAAUUGUUUAUUAAACAUUGGUCUAUGGUAUUCCUUUUAUAAUUACAAAAAAAAAUUACAUCACUAUUUUAUAAAUUAUUUAUAAACAUUUAAAUAUAGCUACAUAUAUGUAUGUAUUUAAUAGUAAAGUUUUUACUAUAAUUAACUAUUCUGGUCCUAAUUAAGCAAUGCUUAUUUUUAUCUCAUUGUCUUCCUUAAGUAAAACAUAAAAUACUAACAAACACUUAAGAAAUUAGCAAAAAUAUUACUACUAUUUAAUAAAUAACAUGGAAUCUAAAA